AUGGCUUCAGCUGUGGAGGAGCUACAGAAAGAUCUUGAAGAGGUGAAGGUGCUGCUAGAAAAGGCCACUAGAAAGAGAGUACGUGAUGCUCUCACAGCAGAAAAAUCCAAAAUUGAGACCGAAGUCAAGAACAAGACGCAGCAGAAGUCACCGAGGAAAGCAGAACUUCUUGACAAUGAAAAACCAGCUGCAGUGGUUGCUCCCAUUACAACGGGGUAUACAGUGAAAGUCAGCAAUUAUGGAUGGGAUCAGUCAGAUAAGUUUGUGAAAAUCUAUAUUACCUUAACUGGAGUCCAGCAAGUCCCCAUGGAGAAUGUGCAGGUGCACUUCACAGAGAGGUCAUUUGAUCUUUUGGUAAAGAAUCUAAAUGGGAAGAAUUACUCCAUGAUUGUGAACAACCUUUUGAAACCCAUCUCUGUGGAAGGUAGUUCAAAAAAAGUCAAGACAGAUACAGUUAUAAUCUUAUGUAGAAAGAAAGCGGAAAACACACGGUGGGACUACCUGACGCAGGUUGAAAAAGAGUGCAAAGAGAAAGAAAAGCCCUCCUAUGACACUGAAACAGAUCCUAGUGAGGGACUGAUGAAUGUUUUAAAGAAAAUUUAUGAAGAUGGAGAUGAUGACAUGAAGCGAACCAUUAAUAAAGCCUGGGUACAAUCAAGAGAGAAGCAAGCCAAAGGAGAGACAGAAUUUUGA